UUAACGCCAUUUAGAAUCAUGCGGAAAUAGUCAUAGUUGUGGGUCAGAUGUGACCUACGCUUAUUUUUCACAUGGGUCACUUUGACCUACGCCUAGAGUUACAGGUAGGUCACCACAGCUUAAAAAUACCAGAAUGAAGGUUGAGCAAUGGCGGCAUGAUCUCUCCCUCCAACCAACGCAAAGUUGGAUUGUCGUAUCCAAUGAUGCCAUCCCUGCUUGCUCAACAGAAAAGAGGAAAGAAGACCACAAUCAACCAAUGCCCACCCAUCCAUCGCUCCUCCCAUUAUUUGAACUAUGACAAGCCCAAAUAAGGAAAACCACGGAGGCAUCAACUGGAGCGCCAUCAUGCAGUCGGAUUGGGAGCAUGACCUCAAGGUGAUUGAGCAGUUUGGCAAGGGUGAGUUCGAGGUUGAGCCUGAUGUUCCCCUCUCCCAAAAGCAUUCGGUUGCUGCUGCUUUGAAAAAGGAGAAAGAAGAGAGUGACGACGAAGGAGAAUUCGAGUUUGGCAAAGAACCAGCAGUGGAGGAAGGCAAGGGUGGUAAGAAAGAACUGAAACCAAGAACACCAACUGAUUAUGGAUUCAAAGUCGUGAGAUUGACUGACCUUGUUCCUGACGGCUUUCCCCACUAUCCAAAUGGAUCUCCUUCCUUCCCACAUGGCGAUGAUUCUCCUGUCUACCCCAACCACCCUGACGUCAAUGAAUAUGCUGCCGCUGAUCCAACCAUCCGACGAACAAAUUCGCCCCACAAACCCACAGUCCUUGAUUACAAGAAGAAAGAGUCUGAGCCUCUGGAGUCGAGGACCUGUGGAUAUUGCUUCCAGGCGCCGUGCUACAUGCUGCAGGACAUGAUGGGUGGUUCGCUCUUGAUGACUGGAGACAUGAUGAAGGAUGAAGGGUAUGACAACAACAAGAUUCGGAAGGCUCUCUACGGGGAAGCCUCUCGUAUGAUCAAUGGUCGGCUUGGCCCAGGAAAGCGAAUGAAACUUCCAGUCUGUGUGGAAGGUGAGAUCAAGGAUUGCUACCCCCGUAACAAGAAUGAUCCAGCCUAUGUCGGGUAUAAGCCCAACUAGAGACAGUCACCGAGGUUCAGCGAUCAAGUGACAGUUUGGGCCACUGUCGCUAAAGGGUAUCAACGGUACCCAGACUUAGAAAUGUUCAUCGCCACAAAGUAGGAUAAUCUCUAGUAAAAGUGAUCACGUCUGUGAAACAUGAC